UCAAAUUCCUCCAAAAACUUUUAAAACAAUUUCAAUUCAUUCCCUUCCAUUUCAUCUUUUUACGCAAACCAAACAAUCCCUCUCUCUCUCUCUCUCUCUCUCUCUUUUUAUGGAGGUUUCCCUUGCAACGCUGGCAUCAACAAAAAGAAAGGAGGAAAACCCCAAUUCGCUAAUUCCAAAACCCUAAUUUCCACGCAGACCAAGCCAAAACCCCCAAAAUCUGUGAACUACAAGAGGCAAAUUCACAGGGAAAAAUGUUUCCGUGGAAUAUUAGGAGGUCGGCGGAGGCUGUGUUCUCGCGCUGGGCCUUGAAGAAGGUCUGCAAGUUCGUGUUGAAGAAGAAAUUAGGGCAUUUGAUAUUGGGGGAUAUCGACCUCGAACAGCUUGAUGUGCAGCUCACUGAGGGAACGAUUCAGCUCAAUGAUCUCGCUCUUAAUGUCGAUUAUCUCAACGAGAAGGUUGGUGCAUCAACACCAGUAAUUAUAAAAGAAGGGUCCAUUGGCUCGUUGCUAGUUAAAAUGCCUUGGAAGGGUGAAGGUUGUGUGGUUGAGGUAGAUGAACUUGAGCUUGUGCUUGCUCCAUGUAUGAAGAAUGAUUCACCAGCCAAAGAUGAAACUUGUAGUUCAUCUCAGGAUGGUAAUCAUGGUCUCCAUUAUGACUUACGAAAGCAUGAAUAUGACUCGGUGGAUGAUGCUGCAAAGUCUACUUCUGGGGAUGUUCAUGAAGGUGUCAAGACAAUUGCAAAGAUGGUCAAAUGGUUGCUUUCAAGUUUCCAUGUCAAGAUAAAAAGAUUAAUUGUUGCAUUUGAUCCAUAUUUGGAGAAUGAUGAAAAGAAUACUGGGGGUCACACAACCCUAGUUCUUCGAAUUCUUGAAACAGAAUGUCAAACCUGUAUUUCUGAAAAUGCAAAUUCAAAUGGUAGUGCAAGUGCGGAGAGCUUUCUUGGAAUAAGUCAACUGACUAACAUCAUAAAGUUCCAAGAAGUGGUAGUUGAGCUUCUUCAAAUUGAUGAUAAUGACAAUAAAGCAAGCUUUAGUGAAUUUUUUUCAGGACACUGUCCCACAAAUACUACAACUCCAGUUGUGACAGGAAAAAGAGGUGGAUUUUCUGGAAAUUUAAGAUUAAAUAUACCUUGGAAGAAUGGGUCCCUAGACAUUCGCAAAGUGGAUGCAGAUGUUUCUAUUGAUCCUGUAGAAUUGAGACUUCAACCCAGCUCAAUAAAAUGGCUCUUACUUUCAUGGGAAACUGUAAAGAAUCUGGACAAAUAUUGUAGUAGUCAUAUGCAUUACAGGUCAAUGGAUUCUAUUAAUUUUAAUUCAGCAUCCAACUGUCUUUCAUCGACACCACUUUCUACGGGAAAUGUUACUGACAGGAUGAUACAAAUUUGUGGUGGCUCUUCUCUGGAUAUAUCUUCUUUGACCCUGGAAGAAUCAGUAACUGAAGGUAUGCUACCUGGGACACAUUUAAUAUCAGAUUGGGUGUCUGCAAAUCAAAAUCAGAAAGAUGGUAUUGAAGAAGUUGAUUUUGGAGCAAGUGUGGAUCAGUUUUUUGAAUGUAUUGAUGGAAUGCGAAAUUCCCAAUCAGCUUUAGCAAGCAGUGGGAUGUGGAACUGGACAUGUUCUGUUUUCAGUGCAAUUACUGCUGCAUCGAGCCUUGCUUCUGGAUCUUUGCUUAUUCCCUCUGAACAGCAGCAUGUUGAAACAACUGUAAAAGCAGCUUUUGCUGAAAUUUCUGUCAUGCUUUCCUUCCAUGAUGAAGACCAAAAGAAUUUGUGUGAUCCUGAGGAUGAUCUGGUUAAUUUUCAUUGCCUGGCUGCAGAAUGCAGAGACAUUGUUCUUCUUUCGAAGGUAUGUUCUCGAGAAAUGAAGUUUGAAGGAAUAGUGAAGUCUAUAGCGGUUGCUAAUUACUUUAGCAGUGAAAAGGAUGCCCUGAACUUUCAGUUGAAUAGUUGUACUGAUGAUAAAAAUAGUCAAAGUCUUCUGAUUCAUCAACUGCAAGCUGAAGUUCAAGGUGCUCUCCCUCCGUUUACCUUGUCUAGUGAAGAUCCUUAUUCAGAUGAAGUAAAUGAUUUAGUUUCUGCAGAUUUUCCCUUUGGAAGUAAGGGUGGUUUAGUAAAAGUUAUAUUGCUUAAAACAUCAGGCAUCACUCAUUGCGAAUUUUCUGUGAGUUCUGCUUCAUCAGAUGGCAGUUUUUCAGGUCCAGCAUCGUUUUCAUUGGAAUUAUCACCUUUUGUUUUCUGGGUGAACUUCCCUUUGGUAAAUACAUUACUAAAUCUAUCAGUGGAAGUGGUAAAAUAUGUUGAGAUGAACACCAAAAUGAAUGAAUCUCCGUCUGAGGUCAUCACUGAGAAGCACAAAUCAUCUAAUGGAUGCAUGAAAAGUUCUACUCCCCGCCUGACAACCUUGUCUUCAACAGAAAGAUUGCGCGGAAAUAUAUUAAUCCCCAAUGCAAGGUUAAUCCUCUGUUUCCCUUUUGAAAGUGGCAAAGAUAGUAGAGACUAUUCUUCCUACGAUCAAUUUAUUGUUCUGGAUUUUUCAUCACCAUUGGCUUCCAACAAGGGAGUAAUUGAAGACCGCAGUCCAACUUCAGAUGCAACUUUACAGAAAAAACAAUCUUCAAUGGUCACGAGUUCUUUGCAUUUGAAUGUUGGUGAUCUCUACAUUUACUUGGUCUUAUCUGCAAGUAAAAGUGUGAUCAGAAAUAACUCCUGCAACAUGCUGAAUCAGAAAUUUUCUGCUCAGAAUAUUCUGUCUAUCACCAACAAAACAGGUUGUCUUUCUGUUAUCAGUAUGCUUUGGCAGGAUGGUUGUGUGACUGGUCCUUUGAUAGCAAAGAGGGCAAAGUUCUUAGCUACUUUAGGUUCAUGUGACGUGUCCUUGGAUAGCAACACGUAUGAGUUUGCUUCUGCAUCUGCUGUGAAAGAUCUGGAAGAUUUAAAUUCUCGAAUUCAACAAGAGAUGAUUGUGAGCUCUGUAUUCUUCCUGCGUGUUUGUCUAUCUCCUGUUACAAUUACUCUUGGCAGUUCUCAGUACAAUGGAUUACUUAAUUUGUUGAAUCAGAUGAUAAAUGGAUUGUCAUGUGUGGAUUCUGAUGCUUCUGAUGCUGCCAAGUCUAGGGAAGGACCUUCUGUGUCUCAAACUUCACUCCUAGUGGAAUGUGAUUCUGUAGAAAUUCUAAUUAACCUGGAUGCAAAGGAGAAUAUUGGAGGCCCAAUGCAGAGUGAACUUCCUGGAUCAUGGUAUUGUCUGAGAUUGAAAAUUCGGAAGUUCGAAUUGCUGUCGGUAUCAAAUAUAGGAGGUGUUAGGGGUGCCAAUUUAUUUUGGCUAGCCCAUGGAGAAGGUGAAUUGUGGGGUUCCAUCACUGGUGUUCCAGGUCAAGAGUUUCUUUUAAUCUCAUGUAGCAAUUCUACAAUGAAACGUGGUGAUGGAGGAGGUUCCAAUGCAUUAUCAUCUAGAUUGGCUGGUUCUGAUAUUGUGUACCUGUGGGAGCCAGAGAGUUUGCAUGGUUUUACAUCUAUAACUGUCAGGUGUGGCACAAUUGUUGCAACAGGCGGUCGCUUGGAUUGGUUGGACAAAAUAUCCUCCUUUUUUAGUUUACCUUCUCCUGAAGCUGAACAAGAAGGGGACAAUAGUAUGCAGAAGGGGGAUUUGAAUGCAUCAUGUGGAUCUUCUUUUGUUCUUAACUUGGUUGAUAUUGGAUUGAGUUAUGAGCCCUACUUAAAGCGCUUGGUGGCUGGGAGUGAAGUUCUUGAUUCCAAGUGCUUUUCUUUAAGUGCCAAAGAAAAAGAAUGUAUGGGUGAGCAGUAUGUUGCUUGUCUGUUAGCCGCUUCUUCCUUCAAUCUAUCAACUUCAACUGUGGCAAACUCAAUCGACAAUGACUCCAAAAUUAGAGUGCAAGAUCUUGGGCUUCUUCUUCGUACAAUGUCAGAGCCUGAGAAUCUUGGUGGCACUUACAGUGCGGAACAUCUUCACAAGGUUGGUUAUAUUAAAGUUGCUUGGGAGGCACUCAUUGAAGUUAUCUUGAGAACUAACUGUAAGAGUGGCCUCCUCUGGGAGGUGGAAUGCUCUAAAUCUCACAUUUGCUUGGAAACUUGUCAUGACACUACUGCUGCUUUGAUUCGUUUGUCUGCUCAACUCCAGCAGCUAUUUGCUCCUGAUGUGGAGGAAUCAAUUGUGCACUUGCAGGCUAGGUGGAACAACAUUCGGAAGGAACAAGACAGGAACGAUUUCAAUGAUGAAUCUAGAGUCUUCAGUGGUGAUUCUGAACCAUCAACUUCUCAAGUGAAUAUUGCAAGUGUAGAUACAAAGAGUGAACCUGGGUUGGUUGGCUUGAUGGAUGAGAUAUGUGAAGAUGAAUUUUCAUUUGAUGACAAUCAUGCCUGCCAAUUUGAUCCUCCUGAAUCACAUAUUUGUGUUUCACUUGAUGAAAGUGUUCUUGAAGAUGCAUGUGGCUUUCGUGUUGAAACUCCUGAAUUUUUAUCUCAUGAUCUGUCCUUCAAUGGGUUGAUGCCUGUAGUAGAAUUGGAAAGUGGUCAAACCUCAAUUUCAGAAGAAGGUUACUUUACAGAGUUUAGAGAAGGCAAUUGUUUAUCUGAGUUGCGCCGUCUGUCGGAAUUAUCUCUAGGCAGACAGUCUUUGCCUGAGAUACCUAAGUGCAAAUCCACAAAUGUUGGGAAUGGAGAUAUUGGAAAAGGAAAUAGUGGAUGGUAUGGGGACUUAAGAAUUGUAGAAAACCACAUUUCAGAAGCAAGUGAGCAAAGUGGCGUGAAACAAUUUUUGAAAGGCGAGCUUCUUUCUCUUAAUAAUAAAACACAUGAUGAUGUUGGAAAGGUUGCAGGGCGUGUACUCUUUAAGAACAUUGAUGUCAAAUGGAGAAUGUAUGCUGGCUCUGAUUGGCAUGAUUCUAGAGACGUUGGAGAGCAUUCUAGUACUUGUCAUGGAAGGGAUAAAACUGUCUAUCUGGAGCUUUCACUUUCUGGGAUGGAAUUUCAAUAUGACAUUUUCCCAGUUGGUGGAAUAUGUGUAUCUAAGCUUUCUCUUUCAGUUCAAGACUUCCAGCUCUAUGACAAGAGUAGCAAUGCACCAUGGAAACUGGUACUAGGAUAUUAUAAUUCAAAAGAUCAUCCUAGGGAAUCCUCUUCAAAAGCAUUUAAACUGGACUUAGAAGCUGUCAGACCAGAUCCUUUAGUCCCUCUUGAGGAGUACCGGUUACGCAUUGCUUUCCUUCCUAUACUAUUGCAUCUUCACCAGUCCCAACUUGAUUUUCUCAUUGACUUUUUUGGGGCAAAGAGCUCAUCAGUUGACCAGUCUCUUGACUGUCAUCAAGAUGCAGAUGGUUCAAAAUUGUCCCAGGGACAUACAAUUGCAAAUGAGGCAUUGCUUCCUUUCUUUCAGAAAUUCGAUAUAUGGCCUGUUCUUGUUCGGGUUGACUACAGUCCUCGCCGUGUUGAUCUUGCAGCACUAAGAGGGGGGAAGUACGUAGAGCUUGUAAAUCUGGUUCCCUGGAAGGGGGUUGAGCUACAGCUCAAGCAUGUUCAUUCCGUUGGCAUCUAUGGCUGGGGUGGUGUUUUUGAAACUAUUAUAGGAGAGUGGUUGGAAGAUAUUUCACAAAACCAGGUUCAUAAAAUAUUACAAGGCCUUCCUACUAUCCGAUCAGUAGUUGCUGUUGGUUCUGGUGCUGCGAAGCUGGUUUCUUUGCCAGUUGAGAGCUACAGGAAGGAUCGGAGACUACUCAAGGGAAUGCAAAGAGGCACAGUUGCAUUUCUUAGAAGCAUUUCACUUGAAGCUGUUGGACUUGGGGUACAUUUGGCUGCUGGGGCUCAUGACAUUUUGCUUCAAGCCGAAUGUAUUCUUACUAGCAUUCCUCCUUCUGGACCAUGGGCUGGACAAAGUAAAAUGAAGACAAAUGUAAGAUCUAAUCAGCCUAAAGAUGCCCAGCAAGGACUCCAACGGGCUUAUGAGAGCCUGAGUGAUGGCCUGGGAAAAUCUGCUUCUGCCUUAGUUGGCACUCCCUUGAAAAAGUACCAGCGUGGAGCUGGAGCUAUCUCUGCAUUGACAUCUGCUGUUCGGGCAGUUCCUGCCGCUGCUAUAGCUCCUGCUUCUGCUUGUGCAACUGCUGUACAUUAUACUCUUCUUGGCUUCAGGAAUAGCCUGGAUCCUGAGCGUAAGAAAGAGUCCAUGGAGAAAUAUUUGGGUCCCACUCAGUCACAAGAACAUGAUUAAUACAGUAAAAAAUAUCAGUUACAGGAUUACAACAUAUAUUAACUUCUGUAAAUAUCUCUUGGUUAUACGAUCCACUGUAUUUCUUCUUUAAAUUGUAUGCAGUGGGUAUAUCUUGAGUCAUUUAAUGAAGGACUGCUUUCGCAUCCAUAAAAAGGGAUUGUUAAGGAACCCUGUUUGUUGCUGUGGAGGUGCCCAUCUAUCAUGUGAAUUGGCUUCUUUCAGAAUUCACGUGCUCUUUAUAUUGGAUUAUUAAAAGGUUUACAGUUAAUGAAACUACUAAACAGAUUCUUUCCCGUCUCGACAAGACAAGACAAGACGGUAAUUUUGUACAAUAUGUAAAUAAGCUAUGGUCUUAUAAGUAUUUACCCACACUGAAAGCCUUGUAAUUUUAGUGACACUAGGGAUAGCCAGUUACACAUUGAUUCUUUUAUAGACUCAAUUACGGCGAAAGUGGCUUCUUUUGUACAUAGUUCAGCAGACCUUUUUUUUUGUGAUUGAGUGUUUGAUAUCAUUUACAUGUCAUGUAAUACCUUGUGAAAUAUCAUUGAUAGUGCAAUAGUAAUCAAUUCUCUCCA